UGAAAGGCACAGCUUGCAGAAUAUAAGGACAGGGGUGCGGGUGCUCAGGUUCCAGCUCCUUCAGACGCCCAGCAAGCCUGUUUGCCCUUGAAACUUUUCCACCCUGGAAAUACAUAGAAACACCAUGUUGUAUUGGCACAACCAGACUGAGCAUUACUGGCCAGCUCAAACAGAGCAUUACCACCAGUAUGUCACCACUAAUGGAGGACGUGACAUGCUGCCGUUACCUCUCUUCAAGCAUGAAGACUCUGCUCUUUCUUCAGACCAUGACGCUAGUGCCAUCACCUUCCAGUACGUCCUGGGUGCAGCCACAUCACCUGCUGUGAAACUGCAUGAGGAGACACUCACUUACCUUAACCAAGGUCAAUCAUAUGAGAUCCGUAUGAUAUGCAAUCAAAAUAUGAGGGGACUGUUGGAACUGAAUGGGAAGAUGCUGAAGAGUAUAGUGAGGGUGGUCUUUCACGACAGGCGCUUACAGUACAGUGAACACCAACAGUUCCAGGGCUGGAAGUGGAGCAGACCCGGAGACCGACUACUCGAUAUCGAUAUUCCUCUGUCAGUUGGAAUUGUCGACCCGCGAGUAAACCCCACGCUGCUGAAUGCUGCGGAGUUUUUCUGGGACCCAAAGAAACAAACCUCUGUCUCCAUUCAGGUUCACUGCAUCAGCACAGAAUUCACCCCCAGGAAAAAUGGUGGCGAGAAAGGGGUACCCUUCAGAAUUCAGAUUGACACCUUCAAACUAAGUGAGAAUGGAGACUACACCGAGCACCUGCACUCAGCGAGCUGUCAGGUUAAAGUGUUUAAGCCGAAAGGUGCUGACAGGAAACUGAAAACUGAUAAGGAGAAGAUAGAGAAACGGUCUCCACAGGAGAGGUCCAAGUACCAGCCAGCGUACGAAACCACGGUGCUGACUGAGUGUUCUCCCUGGCCUGACACCCCACCCUGUACAAAUGUUAGCCCAGCUGGAAGCCCAGGGUAUAGCCCAGCAUCUCCAAUUCCAUUCAACAUCCCAGAAGGGAGCUGUUCAUCUCCAAACCAUCAGGUGGAUGGAUCAGUACAGAGCACAAUGGAGCAUCUGUCACCAACGUUAACAAUUCAGGAAACGCAACAGUGGCUUCAUUUACAUCGAUUCACACCUUUUUGUAAACUCUUUGCAAAUUUCUCAGGGGCCGAUCUACUUAAACUCUCACGCGACGACAUCAUUCAAAUUUGCGGGCCAGCAGACGGAAUCAGACUCUUUAACACACUGCGAUUGAGGUCCAUUCGGCCACGCCUCACCAUUUACAUGUGUCAGGAGCCCACACAGGGAAAGGAGAAAGAAGAUUGCCAGGACUCCCCCAAUGCUGCCAUGUGUGUUUACAAAGAAAUCUACUUGGAAGAUCUAACCAAAGCUGAACUAACCAACAAGUUGGCAGCUCUCUUCAGCAUCUCACCGAGCCAGAUCCUUCAGAUCUACAGACAGGGAGCAGCUGGGAUCCAUAUCCUGGUUGGGGAUCAGAUGAUUCGGAAUCUUCCAGAUGAAUCCAGUUUUAUAAUUAACUCGCUGAAAGUGGAUAGCUUAGGUGGCUACUACAUGAUUUUAAAAUAGGAAACAGGGAGCUGUUACAUCUGGAAAAGAAUGAAAUCGGUGAAGUUGUGAACUUUCAUCUUUCACUCCGAGAGCAGCAGGAGCACAGAUCAACCUAAAUUAUUGCACAAACAGCAACUGAUACCACAGAGCGGUACUUCCACCACUGUCACGUCAUUGAGCUGGACAGCAAGAUUCAUCUGAUGCUUGCUUUGGGAGCAUAAGAUGAUGCAUGAUAAGAUAUCAAAUUCUUCCAACAUCUGCUUGGGUGAAUUAUUGACUAUAAGACAGACGUAACAAAACAAACACAGAAAACAGUCAGUGAAACGAUAUUCCUAUGACAGGUUCUGGCUCUGAGCUGCACUGUGUUUCAUUUCUAAAAACGAUCCUGUGGAGGUGUGCAUGUCCUUUCAGUGGAUAUCAGAAUGCAAUCACCUCCAGUUUGGGUGGGUGGUGGGGGGUGGGGGGUGGGGGGGGGAGGGGGAGGAAAGAAAGGGGCGUGUUAUGAUACCUCUUCUCGUUUCCAACACCUCGGACUCGUGAUGCGUCUGUCUCUGACACCCUUUGGGCUCACCAUGAACUUGCAACAAGAUUUCCAGCUGAACACUGCAACCCAACUCAAACACAAUCCACCAACUGUUCCCCAAGAGGGACGUGAAUCAGGCAAGUUCAUUAACAAUAGUAGACUAUUGGAAAAAAAGCUGUUGGAAUUUUACAUAAAAACAGCAACUAAGGAGGAUACAUUUUAAAGUCAAUCUAUAGUGACUAUCAUCAGCAUCCUCCAGUAGAUGUUAUUAACAUUCAAAAACUAUGUAAUAACCCACUCACUCUCCAUUGGUAACGUCAACAUAAUGCCUUAUAGUAAUACAUUUAAUCAUUGUAAAAAUGUAAACAUUUCAAAAGAUAUGAAACCCUUUUUAUACACAAAAGGUUGUGACAAAGAUAUAAAUAAGACAUUACACCAUUUCAGCUCAGUCUAUUCUUUCUAACGUCAAUUUCUUGGGUUUACAGCAGAUUGCUGUGACUUUGUGUUGGAAUAUUUGAAACACAAUCAAAUGCUCCUCCAUAACUCAGUUUGGAAAAGCAAAAAGAACUGACUGUCUCCCUCAUUCCUCCCUACUUCUUAUUAAAUCAUACUCAUGAUUGCCAUAACCCUAUCUGGAAUCGCAUCCAAGUGGACUUCUAGCUCAUAGUAAAUACCAGGAGACAACUGAACAUGGAUGGCAUCCAGCUGUUCUCACUCAUCUGUCCAUAUCUGAUCUUUCUAGAUUGUUCAGUUAGCAGGCAGAUAUAUUAAAGUGCCAUCACUAUGAAUAGAUAAUCCUGCACAUACUCUAAGUCAAAGCUGGGAUCAUCUGGGCAAUGGGGCUUAGUCCUACAACUUACUACAUACUCUGGUCUCUCCUGCCACCUCACUUAUUGUUUCUCUUUGCUCCUGUCUUGGACACUCAUAGUACUUAACACAGCAACCCCUCCUUCACACAGGGUAGCAGCACUGAGAAGAUUGUCCAUAAACUUUUAUAAAUCAGAGCAGACUGAUAAUCGUAAGUCACAAUCCCAGACAAAAUCUGCAAGUUAUGCUACAAUCUAAUUAGGGUUCGAUAACUUUUAGUUUUAUUAAAAUGUAGACUAAAGUUGAAAUCCAGAGACUAAGAAAAUAAAGAAUUAAGAUUCAACAAUUUAAAACAAAUAACGAAAUUGACUUUUUUAAUGCUGGAACUGUAAUAUAUUUGACAACUUCAGUCUGGCAUCCAGAAUUAUGUAGAAAAUGUGGGUAAUCAACUGCAACCCCACACCGCACUAUGUACAUCAAAUAACAGUCCAAUGGAUUUCUCUAACUCUACAUCUCACAAAAACUUCACAAGGGAUUACAGUUCUUUACCUUUGUUGAUCUGGCCUUGAAACUCUCUUUCAAGAGAUGCUCUGACAGACUACCUCAACAACCGCUCUCAUUCUGGUUGUUCAUACUCUCUUUCAGCCUACGCUCCCCCAGACUCCAAAACUGCAUUCCAGCCCGCAUUCACAAUCAUAACUCCAACUUUUCAUCCACAGCUAUCUUCCAGAGCCUUCACACAGGAGCUGUGUAACUUCCAAAUCUCCCUGGCAUAAUGGCCUGCAAAUCAAGCCCCACCAUUCCUAGAGUGGCACAGAAGUUGAUGGUUGUAUAAAAAGCUGGGCAGAAGUCUCCAAUUUUCUUUUCUUUUUAAAGAGAGGUUGACAGAAAGCAAGAACCGAGUUUCUGUACUUUGACAAUCAUUACUAUUUAUUAAAUAUAGAUUCGAUGAUGUGGAGGUGCCCGUGUCAAACUGGGGUAGACAAGGUCAGAAGUCAUCAUAAACAGGAUUGUU